CACGCAGUUGCCAAGGUUACGCGCGUGACGGAAAUAAAUGGGCGUCGCACACAAAAAAAGUACCACGUGCUCCAUAUAUAUAUAAACUGGGUGGCUCGCGCAGUGUGGGCAGCUGCAAUUCAGAGCAUAGCGCGGUCGGUUGAGCGCUUUCUUUAACGGUUUUGACACGCCGAUAACUUAUGUUUAAAGGAUCGUACGGGAACUAUUAUUGGGUUUUUCUACGUAUUCUUUUAUUGGAUAUUCGUUCAUCGAUAAACAUGGCGGUGACUGAAGCUGGAUGUGAUAUAACUUACUGCAAAAUGAGGGGGAUUGUCACCGUUCUCACCGCUUUCAUCAAGGAGAGAAAAAUGGGGUUGAAUGACUUCAUCCAGAAGCUGGUGUCUACCCCACAUAUCUGCCAACAUGUUGAAGUAAACAACUUCCUGAAGAGUGAUGAGAAUCAAAACGAGGAUGUUGAUGAACUGAAUGAUGAACUUCCAGAACAUCCGCUGUACUUAAAUUCACGAAGUUCACUGGCGGAGGAAACUCAGAUCAAACCAUGUGAUUUCGACUACCUCAGAAUCAUCGGCAAAGGCAGCUUUGGAAAGGUUCUGCUGGCUCGACACAAGGAGUCGGCCAAAUAUUACGCUGUCAAGGUGCUACAGAAGAAAAUCAUCAUGAAGAAGAAAGAGCAAAAGCAUAUCAUGGCUGAGCGCAGUGUGCUGAUGAAGAACAUCAAGCAUCCCUUCCUGGUGGGGCUGCACUACUCCUUCCAGACUACUGACAAGCUGUACUUUGUACUCGACUAUGUCAACGGUGGAGAGCUGUUCUACCAUCUCCAGAGAGAGAGGGUCUUCCUGGAGCCCAGGGCCAGGUUCUAUGCUGCUGAAAUUGCAAGUGCACUUGGCUACCUCCACUCCCUGCACAUUGUGUACAGGGACCUGAAGCCUGAAAACAUCCUGUUAGACUCACAGGGUCACAUUGUCCUCACAGACUUUGGCCUCUGCAAAGAAGGCCUUGAGGCCAACGGAACAACAACAACCUUCUGCGGGACACCAGAGUACUUGGCCCCUGAGGUUCUCCAGAAGCAGGCGUACGACCGCACAGUUGACUGGUGGUGUCUGGGAUCGGUGCUCUACGAGAUGCUCUAUGGACUUCCCCCGUUCUACAGUCGCAACACAGCUGAGAUGUACAACAACAUCCUGCACAAUGCUCCUGUGCUCAAGCCCAACGUGUCAAACUCAGGCAGGGAACUGCUUGAGGGGCUCCUGCAGAAGGACCGCACCAAGAGGCUGGGAGUGAAGGACGACUUUCUUGAACUCAAGUUCCAUUCCUUCUUCUCUCCAAUCAACUGGGAGGACCUGAUGGCCAAGAAGAUCACACCUCCAUUCGCCCCCUCAGUGAGCGGUCCCACAGACCUCCGACACUUUGACCCCGAGUUCACCCACCUGCCGGUGUCCUCCUCUCUGUGCAACGACACCCUGGCUGUGACCAGCAGCAUCAAGGAAGCAGCGGGGGCUUUUCCAGGCUUCUCUUAUGGCCCUCCAGCAGACCACUCCUUCAUGUGAACGCCAACAUCUCUGCCCUUCUCUCCCGGGAACUAACAAAGAGACACAAAAUACAAGCUCUGGAUUGAGAGUCUUAUCUUGUCAGAGGGACCACACCGGAGCAGCCUGUUUUUUUUUUUUUUUG